AUGCUGCCUCUCCGUGCAUAUAUCUUCAUUGGGCUCAACGCCGUGCGCGCCAUUAGCAUCAUAGCCUUACUGCUUGUCUUCGCGAGCAGCAUUUUUGACAUCACAAAGGACAUCAAAGCAUUCAACGAAUUCCAGUCGCAGGCAAACAGUACAAGUCUUCAGAAUUGUCAAUAUAUACCGAACAGCGACGUUCCCAACCAACCAGCUGGAAUAUUCUGGGCAGUCAUCAACCGCAUUCUCAUCAUCUUCGAGGUCAUCGUCCUCAUUCUGGCCGAAGUUGGCUGGCCAGCUGUUUUCUUUGAACACUUUUUCCCUGUCCUCGGACACGCCUUUGGCCUCGGUCCCCUAGGCAUCUUCCAGUGCUUGAUUGGAGCAACCAUCCUUUCUCACUACGUUGACGAUUUCACCCUCGUCGCCGCAUUCUUCUUGUUCUCUCUUGGCUGUCUCAACAUGUUCCUCGGCCUGAUCUUCCGCGAGAAGGCAAAGACGCGUCGCCUCGUCCUCUCGUGGCGCGCACAGGCAAAGGGGAUCCUACCCACCACCGUGCAGGAUGUCCAUGCGACUCUCCGUCCCGCAUCCGAUUUUGUCCCCAGUAUCCUCAAGAAUGGCAAUGAAAAGGUGCCAGGUCCGGAUGAGUUUGGGAGGAAGAAGGCAGGAUUUGGGUUUGGGAGGCAGGGGGAGAAGGCUGCGGGUCUGAAAGGCACGCUUCUUGAUCUCCAAGCCCUUGGAAACUCUUCCCCGCUAUGCACCUUCGACGCGGCCAGAAAGCCAAACCGAUUCACGCUCGAGCACGCCCGAACCCAUGUUCAAGUCCAGCGCCACAGCCAUCUGAGCAUGAAACAAGAAGACCAAUAA